UUUCUUGUGGUGGAAAAAAGAUUGCUUCUGUGAGACACAAGUCCAAUCAUUACUGCCAACGACGGUAAUGCCAGCCCUGGCGAAGGCAUUCACCGAGUGCAUCAUGAAGAGGUGCCGGUACCUGAAGUUGUUUGCUUACAUCAUGUGCCUCUGCAACGGCCUGGUUGUCGCCGUACUCGGCUAUGCGUCGCUGACCAGGCUCAACGUGCUCAGCGUGGAGAGCCAGCGCUGGGGGCUCUAUGAACACCAGCGACACCUUGCGGCGCUGGCCGUCGCCACCAUCGUGCUUGGCUCCGCGUGUGCCUUGGCAGCCGUACUUGGUUGCGUGGAUGCGCUGCUGGCGAGGAGGCCUCAUCUGGCGCUGGAUGUCGUUGCGGGCGUCCUAAUUUUGGCUCAAGUAGGAGUUGCUUCGGCCGGAUUCACCUUAAUGAUAUGGGUUAAGAACGACAUUCCGCCAGGAAGGACCAACUGCAAAGGCUGUCUGAAGAAUGUGAUCUUCGUCUGUAGCAGACUCAUUCCGGCAAUAGGAAGCCUGCUUCUGGCAUCCACUGUAGCCCAGUGCAUCGCCAUUAUUGUAAACCGUGUCGAUCAGUCGCAAGCUGAAGUUCAAGCCAAGCUUGAUCGGGCGAACAAUCUCGAAGAGUACCGUAUGAAAACAGUGGACCAAUUCAUCGGCUCGUGGGCUCCUAGAAAAAGUCAAUCCUGGGGCGGAAACCUCGACUACUCGGGCUCGAUGUUUAGCGGUCCUGUGGCUGCGAGACAAGCGGAAACCGCUGCCGCGACCACGCCACGGACGAAGCUCCGGUUCGGCGCCGUCAGGUCGCCGCCGGAGAGAAUCCGCCCUCCGAUCAAGAUCGUCAUCACCGAGGCACAGUCCGACGCCUCCACCAGGGCCACCGCCGGCGCUGCGUUCCAGCGAGAUACGCAAGGCGAAGGGGGCACGCUGUCCCUUCCCGACUUCAGCCACUACGCCAACGUCGAAUAGACAACCAUCGCGACGACAAUGGCAACUUCAUUUGCAUGAAAGCCUGCAACGCAUCCAAGAUGCUUAAAACUGUAAUGCAGGACAGCAGUGCAGGCCCUCUAAUCUCUACUCGUAACUCGUCUGCUAUUUCACACGUGAGAUCAAGUGGUGUUGCCAAGGUCGGACAUUUGUACUAACUGAAUUGUUGCGGCUAUUGGCUACAAAAAAUGCGGAUGCAUGCUUUCCAAAAGUACGCACCAGAGUCUACACACCUUCAAUGCGUGUCACCUUGCUGCAUUUUUUACAAGUUGGAAUCAAGUUAAUGUUAAUUUAACUGCGCGUUUCUGAAGUCGUAGUUGAAAUGAAUUACCAAAAUGCCUAAACUAUCGCAUUGGUUAACUUCGUCGCUCUUUAUAUAGGCUAUUAUUCGUGUGUGCGUGUCUUCUUUUAGCAACUAUAUUUGUGCGAUUUAUCGCGCAUUUUGCUAUAACAACCGUUGUUUCGAACUAUUUAAAAACAUUGCGAAGCUAACCUAAAUGCUUCAAAAUGAACAAAUGCUGGCACAAGUAUAUUUCGUUCGCUCGCUUCUGACGUUUCUUUUACUUAAGUUUUAACAACAGUCAAGAAAUAAAAUUCUUUCCAAAACC